UUUCGCAAGACAACACUAUAUGCAAUAUGCAGACAGGACAACACUGUACUUUCACACUAAAAGAAAUAAUUAUUGUUAUUUUAUAUAGAACAGCAAUUUAUGCCUUUAAUAUAUUAGCUUAGAAUUACUUUGUAUGAUUCGGCUCACCCAACAUCUUAAUGUUUAGACCGUAAAUCCCUCACGCUUGCAUUGUGGGUACUUUCAAAAAUGGCGGCGCCCUGUUGGAAGUAUGCUUGGCGACCGCUAUGGCAAAUUACUUCAGGACCAGGACGAUUAAAAGCAGCAGUGCGAUAUGUUUCUUCCAGCGCUCAGAAAAUCAAGAUCGCAAGUCCACCGUCGCCAUGGGUCCUACACGGCGCGGUGUGCUUACAGAGACUUCCGGUCAUCUCUCAGGACCUGAGCCCGAUUGAGGAGAAGUUCAUGGAGCUCAUGCGCCAGAUGGAGCUGGAGAGAAGCCUACUCUCAGACCACGAGCUGCGGCUGUUGGAGGACGCCGAGCGCAUGAGCCGUAAACAGGAUGCUGAUUACGAUUCGGAUGAUGAAGAGGCCUACGGAAGUCAAGAGAUUGUCACAGCACAGGAUUUGGAAGACAUGUGGGAACAGAAAUUCAAGCUUUUCCAAGCUGCUCCUAGGAUGAAAGCUUCUGACACCACAGAUGUGAGCUCGGCUGAGCGCUGCCUGGGAGACAGCUUGGUGCUGCUGGUGAAGCAGGAUGUUGGCUCUCAGAAGGUUUGGCUUCUGCCUCAGCUGCCAUGGGAGGCGGGAGAGACGCUGAGGCAGACCGCAGAGCGUGCCCUCGCCAGUCUGCCAGGCACAAAAUUGAACGCAACCUUCCUCGGCAACACCCCUUGUGGAUUUUACAAAUACAAAUUCCCCAAAAGCAUCCGGACCGAGAACAGAAUAGGAGCCAAGGUGUUUUUCUUCAAAGCCAUGCUCUCUGGUAGCGACAAUCUGCCACAGAAGAAAGACUCCUGCGUGUGGGUGAGAAAGGAUGAGCUCCAGGAUUAUCUCGUGCCAGAAUACCUGAAACAGGUCAAGCGAUUUAUUUUGAAUCUGUGACAUGCUGAGACACUGGACCUCACGUAGAAAUGUCAUACACAUUUAUGUAAGACACUUGCUCUGACUCGGUGUAGUGGGAUUGUGUCAGAUCAGAUGCCUCGUCUCUGCUGAUCAGAAAAAAAAUGUUCAUUUUUUUUUUUUUUUGGAGCUCCAUUUCCAUGCCAUAAUCAGUUAGGGCUCUGUGACCAAGCGUGACAUAGCUGACUAAAUAAAUCUAGAUUUCCAGAUGAGUUGAUUAAAUGAAUCAGGUGUGAUGGACACUGUGUGUGUUGGAGUGUGGCGAAGGUCUUGAGCUUGAUUGAAUUCUGUUCCAGUUCCACAACCACAGAUGAGACAUAAGUCCAAACUUUCAUGUGCAUUUAAACAUAAUAAUCCCAUAUUUUCUAAUGUUUGAAAUUUGUUCACUUGUAUUUCUUUGUCAUGUCUUGAAAAAUAAAUUUGUUGUUUAUUUUA